UCCUUGCCUAUGUAGUUCCUGCUUCCUUCUUUUCUUAUCUUUCUCCUGCUCCUCCUCCAGGCCUCUCCUUUUUCUUUACUUCAUUCUGCACCUGUGCAGCUGAUAUGAGGUGGGACAGGCACCUCCCAUUGUCAGCAAAACCAUUUCUGAUGCAGAGAGAACAGAAGCCAAGAGAUCCCAGCAGCCAUGGAAAUCCAAGAGGAAACCAAAUGUCCCAUCUGUCUGCAAUAUCUGACAGACCCAGUGACCAUAGACUGUGGGCACAACUUCUGCCGAGUCUGCAUCACUCAGCACUGUGAGACCUGGACAGAGGGGGACCAUGACCCUUUGUGCUGCCCCAGUUGUAAAGCCAUAAUACGAAACAGGACUCUCCAGAAUAACUAUCAGCUAGCAAAUAUAGUGAAAACAAUUAAAAAGCUGGAUUUAAAACCAGGAAAAGAGAAUCUGUGUGAGAGACACAGCAAAGCCCUGGAUCUGUUCUGUGACAAGGACGGAGAAGCCGUGUGUGUGGUUUGUUGGCGAUCCCCCGAGCACAGAUCUCACCCGGUGCUUCUCAUGGAGGAGGCUGCCCAGAAAUACAAGGUAGGACACACUGUGGAUCCAGGUUCAUUCAAUCCUUUCCUUUUCAGACUAAAUCUCUCAGAGCCCUGGAAUCUCCCAGUUUCCCAGACUUUCUACCUUGAUCUCUGGCUCCACCUAAAUCUCUCCCCUGCAGGCUCCUUCCUCUGGGAAAAAAUUCAGGCCUAUUUGAAGACUCUGAGUGAAGAGAGAGAAAAACUGCUGGGAUUUAAAGUGACUGGAGAGGAUAAAAUCCAGGAGUAUCUGAAACAGAUAGAAAAGGAGAGGCAGAAAAUUGUGUCUGAAUUUCAGCAACUGCUGCAGUUCCUGGAGGAACAAGAGCGACUCCUGCUGGCCCAGCUGGAAAAGCUGGACAAGGAGAUUGUGAAGAUACAGAAUGAAAAUAUAACCAAACUCUCUGAGGAGAUUUCCCGUCUCAGUGAGCUGAUCAGUGAGAUGGAGGGGAAGUAUCAGAAGCCAGCGAGAGAAUUCCUGCAGGAUUUCAGAAGCACGUUGAGCAGGUACGUGGCUCUCUCUCAUUCCCCUUCACAAUGCUGGGAAAGAGCUGGGAGACGAUAUAACCAUGUUAAACUCUUUCUGUCCAGGUGUGAGAAGGGGAAGUUCCAGCAACCACUGGAGAUUACUCCUGAACUGGAAAAGAGACUCAGUGAUUUCUCCCAGAAAACUAUGGCUCUAAUGGAGACUCUGAGGAAGUUCAAAGGUACCUAG